AGAUGGAGAAUCUCCUGGACCUGGCCGGUUGUUGUGACCUGUUCCAAGAUGUAAAGCUUUGAAGGAAACAGAUAAAAUUAUAGCUUCAGAGUCAGACUGUUACUGCUACAAUCAAAUGUCCCAAAUGAAGUGGACAUAUAUGUGGUCAACAGUACAGGUGACAAUUAACAGCUCAAGCAUGCUCAGUAUUGAAUAUAUCACAGGCAGUCAUAAUUGCCAGUAUCCAGAUACCGUUGUAUCUUUUAUCAAAUGUGUGAUUCAUAACUUUUGGGCACCAAAGGAGUCUAAAGAAUUAACUAUAGUCAUCAGUCCAUAUGGGGAGACUGUGUGUUUCUCAGUAAAGCCUGUCAGGAAGAUACUCGUUUAUACAAUAAGCAUGAAUCGAAAUAUUGUAGAUUUCAAACUCUUCCUUGUGUUUGUGGCAGGCAUUUUCCUUUUCUUUUAUGCAGAGACCUUGAGUCAAAGCCCUGUUUUCUAUUACUCUUCAGGGACCAUGCUAGGUGUUCUAAUGACAUUAAUCUUUGUCCUGCUGUUGAUGAGACAAUAUAUUCCUAAGUAUAGCACCUUUGGGGCUCUAAUGGUUGCUUGUUGGUUUGCUUCAGUUUAUUUUGUAUGCCAGUUGAUGGAAGAUCUGAAGUGGCUCUGGUAUGAACACAGAAUAUAUCUAUUAGGCUACAUUUUGGUAGUUGGAUUUUUCAGCUUUACUGCAUGUUACAAACAUGGGCCCCUUGUUGAUGACAAGAGCAGAAGUCUGCUGACAUGGACACUAUGGCUUCUCUCCCUGGUUCUCAUCUAUGCUGGGAUGGCCAUGCCUCAGUGUGCUUAUGCAGUUAUGGUCUUCCUCCUGUCUUCCCAGUGCCUGUGCUACCCACUGAAAGCAUUCAGUUAUAUGAGACGGAAAUUGAAGCAGUGGUUUAAAUCAGAACGAUUGGUAUUUAAGUAUCUCUCUGAUGAAGAGUACAGAGAACAAGCUGAGGCCGAAACAAACAGAGCUCUGGAGGAGCUUCGCCACGCCUGCUGCCGUCCUGACUUUCCUUCCUGGCUGGCUGUCUCCCGACUCCAGGCUCCUAAAAAAUUUGCAGACUUUGUUCUUGGAGCAAGCCACUUAACACCUGACGAAAUCAGGCUGCAUGAAGAACAGUAUGGCCUCGGAGGUGCCUUCUUGGAAGAGCAGCUCUUUAGUCUACAGACUGACAGUCUGCCAACAAGUUGACUUCACUUUGGUCAAGGAAGUGGGUAAAUGGCAAGGAGCUUAUUACAGUUCUGAUAAUCAGUGGAAGAAGCAUGUACUAUGGACAAAAAACACACACACACACACACACACACAUACUAGAAGGAAAAUUAACCUGUAUUAAAGAGAACUUACUAUUUUUGGCAAAUUCAGCUACUAGUUGUACUAUAGGUGGGCUUCUGGAAUCAAUGAUAGUUAUUGCCACUCUCCUUGAAUGUAGACUAAUUAAGAACAACGGAAAGUUCUUGAAGGGACAAGUAAGCAUGAACAGGUACCCAGGUACCUUCUCCAUAUCAAAAUGCUAAAUCCUUUCUUAAGAAAGACUACAUUACUAUUCAUACAUUUCACCACUGUCAGUGGUGGGAGCGAUCUGGUAUAUGCUGGACUAAUGUUUUCCAAAAAGUACAGAAUACUAAUAAGUGUUAGUAAACAAAUUCAACAAAGAGUCAUACAAAAUUAAAUUAUGUUGCAGGACUUUAAGGCUUUUAAGGAUAUUAAUGUACUGUGAGUCUAUAGGUUUUUUUUACUUCAUUUUACCAGACUUUAUUUAUGAGAUUAAUGAUCUUUGGAACACAUGUUUGGAAAUUACCAGUGAUGGUGGAAUUGAAGCUUAGGGAUGGUAAAUAAAUUAUUCAAGACCUCAGAGCUGUUUGAAGGCAGCACUGGCAGGACUCCAGCCCUGGUGUGUCCUAUGACUCAUGUAAAAGCUGGAGCACCAUUUUCUUACAGCCUUGGGUCUCUUGGCAUCUUUUUAAUGUCUUAUAUUGGCCAACCAGUAUUUGAUAACUGUGAUAAAGGGAAACAAGAUUAUAUUUUAAAGUUUUGAUAAGAUUUUUAUGCAUAUUUAAGGAUUAGACAUUGAGAGGAUGCUACACUUUUUGUGUAUAUUGAUAUUGAAGGCAUUUAAUCUUUUGUGGCAUUUUGUGAUUCAUUUAAAAAAUUGUUUGGCUAUUUUUUUCUUUGUUUUUCUUUUCCUUAAAACAAAUGCUCAGUAGCCAACUACUCUGACUGCUAAAGUUGUAGGCAUGGGUUCCAGUCCAGGAAGAGUGCUGGCGCGAAGGCCUGGCUGGGGUGGUGAAUCCAGUGACCUGCAGCAGGUGGUGUUGGUGCCAUUGCAUGGUUGCUUUUU